UCACACUAAUAAUAAUAAUCCUCUGCCAAAACAAAACAAAAAAAAAAAUCAAAAUAAUAAUAACAUUUCACCCGAAAGUAACCCAUGUCACUUCGUCUAGUGGAUGCUGUAGAUCCUAGAAGGAGUCUAGAGGGGGGUGAAUAGGCUCACAACCAAUUUUUUUCGUUCAAAAACUUUCUCAGGAAUUGCAACUGGGUGAUCAAUCCUGAGUGCUGAUAUUGAACAGAAUGUAUUGAACAAUCAACCAAACCAACUAAAGCAAUAAAGAACACAUGUUUUGUUAACGCAGUAAACACCCUAUCGAGGGAGAAACAUCUGUGUGGCCUUUAACUCUUGAAAGACCAAAACCAAAUCACUAAUGAAAAACAGAUUACAAGUUUACAACCCAGGGAUUACACUGACGCGGCAAUCCUUCUAGACUAACUCACUAGACUGUUGUAAUCACUCCUUGCUAAUUGUUUACACAAGUGAACAAUUCAGAAAUCUCAACUAUGAAACAAGCUAUGAACGCAACAAGUUCUUCUGGAGAUUUCACGUUUGAAGUUUGCAAUACCCAAAUGACCUCAUGGGAUGCAAGAUAUGAUAUGUAUGAAUGAUUGAGUGGUUUGUUGUUUUUCAAAUUGUUUUCAACAUGGAACAAGACACUUUGAAAAACAGAAAACCAAAGAGAUAGAACUUUAAACAACAAAGGGAUUGAAAACCCAAAUAUUUUCAAUACCGAGAAUGAACAGAGUAACCAAGUAUAUAUAGGAGGAAGAGGAAAAUCAGUUCACUUAACAACCCUCUAAGCUAAGUUGGAGUAGGUAAAGCCAUGCCCUCAAUUUCAGAUUGCUCCUGAAAACCCAUUCCCCAAAAUUCAAUUUGGAAAACCAAAUUUAGAAGCCAACUCCUAAAUUCCUUAAUCAAAGCUGACACAAGAAGGGAACCCAUGAAAAACCAUUGACUUUGUGAAAGAGAUGCCAUGUAUGAGCUUACCUGAGCCAUGAUGAAGAGGGGUCUUCUUUUGAUCUUCAAGUUUGAAGCUUGAUCUUGGACAAGACAACAAGAUGAGAUGGGAUGGGGAAGCACGACAGCAAUGCAGCAAACUGUGAUGAGGUUAUCAAGUUGUAAUUGAACUAAUCUUCAAACUUGGCCUUGGCUUUCGACAGCAACACAACCACACAAAAGAGAAGAAGAAGCAAGUUGCAAUUAAACUAUCAUGCCAAGAUGGGGAAGCUGACAGCAAAGCAGCAAAUUGAUCUUUGAGACUUCAAAUGGAUCUUUGACAGCAAGACAACCACACUUGGUAUAAUUAAACAAUUGUGGACUGCCCAAAACUUGAGCUUCUUAAUGAGAGUAGAGUUUUGUUAAAAGAGGGAAUGCCAAACAUAAACUUAUACUAACAGAUGCGCACUAAUUAUACCACAUGUUCUUUAGGUAUUGCUUAUUAGUUCACACUAAUCACCAGUUCACCACCGAAGUCCCCUAAAGCAUUUUCACAGGAAAAAAAAAAAGGCACACCUGAAGCAUAAUAUAUAUUUAGUGCUGGCCCAAUAUUCCAUUCAUGCUAAUCUUCCCUCUCUUUCUGUUUCAUACAACAAAAGCCAUCUCGCAUAAUAUUGUCUAUCACGCCUCAUUCUUAUUUUGACCCAUACCCCUCUCUGUUCCAUUUACCCCAACGGAGCAUUUAUCUUUCUUUACAUAGAGGUCAUUCUUCCUUGAUACCUUUAAAACGGUAUAUAAAACCCUACUGUUCCCGGAUAUCUCUCUCCCCCAGUAUAUGCACGUUUCGGUUGUCAUAGGGACCAAGACAGACCGAGACGGAGGUGGAGGAAGAGGCAGAGCAAAGAAAGAUUUGAAAAGCGCCGGUUAUCAUGACUCCCACACACAGGAAAACCAGUACUCCCACACACAUGAAAACGAGCACUCAUCCACCAAAACGACGAGUCACUUCCAAAUACAUAACGUUGCUCUCUUCCUUCCUCUUCCUCCCUGUCCUCUAUCUCUUCCUUCACGUCAAGCACAACCUCCACCUCACCGCCAUCGUCGACCACUCACUGCCGCACCACGUCCAAGUCCCCGACAUCCGAAUCCGCUCCAGUUACACCUCCUACAAGACCUACCUCCAGCACCAGCUCAACAAGACCCUCAACCCUAAACUCCGCAAAGUCUGGACCACCCGCGACUGGGACCGCAAAAUCCAGGUCUUCUCCGAGAUUUUCACUCGGUUGAAGCAGGAAAAGCUCCUGUCAAAUAACUCUCGGGCGUUGUGUAUUGGCGCCCGAGUAGGGCAGGAGGUCCAGGCUCUGAAACGAAUCGGGGUGAAUGACUCGAUCGGGAUGGACCUCGUGCCCUACCCUCCCCUGGUUGUGGAGGGGGACUUUCACAGCCAGCCUUUUCAGAACGAGACGUUCGACUUCGAAUUCUCUAACGUGUUCGACCACGCGCUGUACCCUAGGAAGUUCGUGGCGGAGAUCGAACGGACGUUGAGGCCGAGCGGGGUGUGUGUGUUACACGUGGCGAUAUCGAAGCGGGGGGAUAAGUACUCGGCCAACGACCUGUUCAGUGUGCGGCCAUUGGUGGAGAUGUUUCAGAGGUCCGAGUUGGUUUAUGUCAGGAAGGUUGACGGGUUUGGGUUGGACACCGAGGUCGUCUUUCGGAAACGGGAAGUCAAACUCAUCCAACAACGGUGACAUGUCGAUUCUUGUUUUUGUUUAUUCAAAAUCUGAAUUUAGGAGAGUUUUGGUCGAAGAUGUUAUCCGUGUGACGAAUAUACCUGUAGACUCUUGUUUUUGACGAAUAUUUGUUUAUUCAAAAUCUGAA